AUGAGUGCAAGCCAUGUGCGCCUCCGCAGGCCAAAGUCGUCAGCGCGUCCGCAAUCGGCCCCUCCCUGGUGUCGAGAGACCUUCCGUAAGUUCGUUGUCCUGUCAGAAGUAGGAGAAACGAUGGCACGCGCCUGUUGUUCUUCCUUUGCUUCAAAUUUGGUUGGUGCAUACCUGCCGAGGCCACUGCAUCUGCUGCAUUUGUUUCUCUUGUGGUUUGCCGCGCAUUCUGGCAUGGGACGAAGGUUGCUCCUCUCGUUCUACGUUUUGCUGCGUAUCUUCAAUGUCGCGUUCAGCGACCUCCAUGACAAUCACAACAGGGUGGAAAGAGCUCGACAUUUACUUUUGGGGGGAUGCCUGCCAUAUGACAUGUCUGCUUUGGAGCGCUACUUGCCAAAACCUUUGAAAAGUUAA